AUGGAUAAUAAAUUUGCACUUCAAAGUACCAUUAAUAAAAGAGCGGCGAAUCCAAAUAAAACCAACGCGAAAGGUCUAACGUACUACAUUAUGAAUCCUAGUGAUUUACGAGAAGAUUAUCCAGUCUGGCAUUAUUUUUAUCUUUGCACGCUGAUAUUUGGAGCAUUUAUUACUUUAUUCAUUGUACCUGUCGUAUUCGGUAUGUUGGCGGCAAUUGGCGGUAUUGGGACUCCACUUGUUUUAUCAAUCGUUGGAAGUUUUUUCGGUCUUUUCCUUGGAGCUGUAUUUGGCGUUGUAUUCGCAGUAGUUUGCAUUAUUUUCUUGAUGAAAUCUCUUGGUUUUGCUGCCGAAUGGAUUUUGGAUGUUCUUUCUAAUGGUGAAUUAUUAGUACCACCGACUUUACCAACUGGGCCUCCAACCCAACCAGAAGAAUUUUUUAAAGAAGUAGUUACACCUUUAAAAGGUGAAUUAGGGGCAGAUAUUUUUGAUGAUGUCGCUGUUGAUGGAAAUAGUUGUGGAGUUGAUGCGGAUCUUGAUAAAUUAGAAGGAUUUGAAGAAUUAAAGAAAAGACCUGAUGGCAAUGAGGGCCCACUUUUAUUUGAUUAUACUUUACAAAUACCAUACGAAGGAGUUAAACCUAACCAAGCUAAUGAACCACCAAAACCAAGUCAUAUACUUGAACUUUAUGAUUUUGCAGAGUCAGACAAUCUAGCAAAUAUUGUAUUGAUGAAUGCAACUAUUAAACGCGUUUAUCCUCCUUCAACAAGCAACAAUAACAUAUUACCAAACAGACGGCCUACAGUCCUUGCAAUAUUUAAAAAUUCUAAAGAAGCCAAUAAGUCGGUUCAAACAUUUAAAAGUUCCAGGUUUAAACUUAGAACAUGGGAACCUUUACCGAAAAAUAAUAACAUCAAUGGUAAUCUUAGUAUUAGUAGUGGUAGUAAUGACAAUAAUGAAAAUUCUACAAUCUCAGUUGCUCAAUUAUUGGGAUCAUCUACUUAA